GUAUAGUCCACUGUAGACACUGUAGUCCACUUGAGUCCACUUACUGAUCACUUACUGAUUCCCAUGACUCCUGUCGAAAGUCGUGGCAUGCAUCGCGAAUGUGUGAACUUAUUUUAGUUCAGUGCAAGUGCAAAUGUAGGAUGUCAAACUAAUCAUGUCGAAGCGCAUAUUAGACGUUGUAGAAACUAAUUGAAAGUAGUAAAAAAAUGGUGUCAAUAAUAAAGAAGCAACUAUUGAAACAUCUGUCGAGGUUUACCAAGAAUCUAUCGGUUGAUAAAAUAAAUUUAAGUACAUUUAAAGGAGAAGGAGAACUAACAAAUUUAGAGCUUGACGAAACAGUUUUAACAGAUUUAUUAGAGUUGCCAUCCUGGCUCAGAUUAACACAUGCUUGGUGCAACAAAGUUUCAUUUCGUAUACAAUGGACCAAACUAAGAAGUGUUCCUAUCUUUUUGACUUUGGAUGAAGUCCAUAUAGAAGUAGAAACAUGUGAAGACUUGAGAAAUUUAUCUUCCCCCCAAGGAAUGUCUUCGUACGCAGGCCCUACAAAAUAUUCUUUUAUACAGAAGGUAAUUGACGGUAUAACAGUGUCUGUUAAUACUGUGUCAGUUACAUUCAAAAGUCCUGCAUUCAUUGCUUCAGUUCAGAUGAAUCGUAUUAUUGUGGAGUCAAAGUCUGCAACAUGGCAACGUUGUGAUUUGAGAUCAACUAGGUUAAAAGAUCCAGAUCGUGGACAGUUACUUAUUUUUAAAGAACUAGAAUGGCAGACAGUUAGAAUAGAAGCACAAAGUACUAAAGAUAAGAAUCUUACACCGUUACGUUUACUUACAAAUCAAGCAAGAUGUCGCAUUACUAUCAAGAAAAGAAUAUCAGAUUGUUUUGUUAUGGGAUCAAAACUGGUUCUUAUAUUAGACGACCUUCUGUGGGUUCUUACAGAUUCACAAUUGAAGGCAGCACUUCAUUUUAUCGAUUCUUUAGGUGGUCUCAUAGAAAAAGCUACAAUUUUAGAACGUAAAACUAAAGCUGCCAGGAAGUUGGAGGUAUUGCCAGAAUAUCAAGCACAAAUAUCUCAACAGACAAGAACGAAAAAUCAAUUUAAUACUGUUAUCUCAAAAAUAUUUUCCAGAUAUGAUGUUGUCGAAACAUCUUAUCAUUUUCUUUGUCAAAGAAUUGAUUUGCAUUUAUGCGACGAUCCUGGCAAUGGUAGGUCUUCUCAUCCUGAUUUGAAAGAUGGUGGCGCAUUGCAAAUUUCAUUAGUUAGUUUUCAAGUUGAUUAUUAUCCAUAUCAUUUGGCAAUGGCUGGUAGGAAACAUUGGGCUAAAUAUAGAGAGAGUGCUACACCUCACAGUCAAUGGUUGCAGCAAUCGUUGAGUUCGUUUCGAAGUCAGUUUAUGGAUCUCAUUGACUCUGGUAGAACACAGCACUCUCCUUUGACGAGAAGUCAGGGAAAUGUUACAGUUAGUAAUACAAAAGGUUCGGGAGAAAAUUUGGAAAAGGGUAAUCAAGCUCCGAAUGCAAAUGCAACCUCGCACGAACAAAAAAAGUCACAACAUCCGAGUGGUAAUCCUGUAAAAAAUUAUAUUUUGGAACAGCUCGCCAAAUUGAUGACAACAUGUAUCAUAAUAAGGAUCGAUGAUUUUACUUUGUAUAAAGUAACGACCACAUCUCGUAAUCCUAUACCAAAAGAGUUUAUUACAGCUCAGACAAGGAAGAAACAUGCAACAGGUGAAAGAGAUAGGUUUUGUCUCCCAGAAGAUGUAACGAUUCUCCAUGCUGAAUUUACAUAUUAUUAUUAUCCUGGAGAUAUUACAUUUCCAUUGCCACCACCAAAAUUUUAUGUGCAACUCAAUCCUAUUCAAGUAAACUUCGACGUUUGUUCCUGUUUAUGGUUUAAUUCUUUUGCAUUAAACUUACAUCAUUCAUUAAUGAAUAAAGAUACACAAACAAUACAUACUUCCAGUAACUUCAUGUACUUUGAUGUGAAAAUUGAAGCUAUACUUCCAAGAAUAGUGUUUGAAAGUCAACAGGAUUAUCCGAAUCAAAAAGAUAGGCCAAAGUCUUUGCAUAUUCAAACUUCAAGGGCGUCAAUAACAAAUGUUCGAUCAACGGAAAGAUCAUCAAGAGCAGAUUUGGCACAAUGUUUAAAUGCUUUUCAAAUGGGUCAGAUGUUUUUUAGUACGGAAUUUCCAAAUAAAUCGAGUGAUUUUCACGUUGUAACUGAUAAAUUCUUAUCACAUUGUGCAGCUACCGAUAAUAUUCGGCACCCGCCACCUAAUUUUAGUAGCAAUUCUGUAAACGAAUUGAUUCGCCAACUACAUCGAGAACUUUUAUGGACGGAAGCUAAAGAUGUAUGGUGCUGUAAUUUAGAACCAGUAUGGGGAGAUUUCUUUGGUGCUCGAGCAGUUGGACAAAAUCGUCCUGUGCCGUUCCUUGAUGCAUUUCCUUUAACAUUCUGGUGUUACAUAUCGAUGAAUUCAUCGGAUUCUGAAAAAUCUUCGACGGCUGAUAUACAUGGUCUUGCAUAUAUAAGCAACUUAGUUAGCGUACAAAUAAAUCAUUAUCAAUAUUUAUUUUUAUUGAGAUUAUCAGAAAUUUUAUCAGAGAUGGCGACGUACCUUACUAUCGAUUCGAAUAAAAUAUUAAAAGUUGAUUCUGAUAGUUCACUUAUUAUCGGUGCACUAAUACCACAAGUAGAAGUAACUUUUGUCAUGCCGUCGCAUACUCCUGGCAAAGAAAACUCUGGAGGAGAUUUGGAAUCGGUUAUGCCUGAUUCAUCUAGUAUAGCUGACGAUAUUGCGAGUUCGUCUACUCCAUGGCAAAAUAACGCAGAACAAGUUGAUUUCAGUUGUAGAAAAAUGAUUAUUAGCACUGGGGUCCUGACGCCGCAAAGCGAGGUAUCAUCGAUGUUAUCCAUGGAUUUCAUGCAUCCUGUUAAUACAACUCAAACUGUUACAUUUAAACAGAAUGGUGGGAAUAAAAACGAUCAACAAACGUUAGCAAACACGAGCAUCGAGAAACAGUUUAUGGGCGUAGAAGAAAGGGCCUUACCAACUGUGCGAUACGCAUCCGAAUCUACGCAUAAACAUAGCAAAGGAGAUUCAUCCUCGAAUACACCAUUUAUUCCAAAUAAUUUCAAUGCUGGAUUUUCUUCUAUGAAAAAGGGAUUCAGUAAUUUUAUAACAUCGAUAGAUUCAGCUUUAAAGGCUUCUCCGGAAGAUGGUAGCAGCGAUACAGUAUCUAUAAGGAGUGAUGUUAGUUCUGAUAGUGAGAAUUAUGUGUUAAUUGAUCUUCAAGAUCAAGAGAAAUUGGAUGCAAUGUUUGCUUUUGAUAAUGCAAAUAGAAUAACAGCGGUAGAAGAAGCUAGCGAAGUAGUUGAAGAAACUCCUGAUACUCAAAGUGAGAAAUCUAUGGACAGUGUGUGCAAACGAAAAGAUAUUGUAUCUAUGGCAACAUUUAAAUUAUCCAAAGUUGAAUUUAUUCAACAAUCUUGUGGAUAUUCAUCUUCAAUCAAAGUCCAAGUUUCAAAUAUUGGUAAUGAUGAAUGUUCGUCUAUUCCAUGGGAUGAAUUUCAGGUCAAAAGGAAGACAAAAUUCAGUGCACGAUCUAGAGGUUGGAUUGAAUUACCUUCCGAUUCGAACUGUAGAUCAUGCGUUAAACUACGUUUGGAUCAUGAUUUGAAAUGCAAGUCAGAUUCUUAUAAACUGUCACAAGCAAGCCAAAACAUAAUUAACAACAAAGUGCAAUCAUCCCAGAAUCAAAGUAAUGUUACCGAGCAAGAAGUAGAUGCUUGCGUUAUCAAUGUGCACAAUAAACAAAGUGUACUGGAUUUAUUUGAAGAUAAAUUAGAUGUUAAAGUUACUAAUGUAACAAUGGCCUUGUCAAUGAGUUCAAUCACUGGACUUACAGACUUGAUCGAAGAUGAAAUUAUACCAAAGCCAAUACCAAUGCAGAUAUAUCUAGAAAGUAUAUCGUUGCGUUUAAACGAAGAUCGUCCUCCAAAUAAUAUAACUUCACCAGGACCGAUUCCUAUAGAUUUGAAUAUUUCGAAGCUUAGAAUAGUGAGAGAUACAAAUGGUGUUUUUCAUGUGGAACCAGUUGUAAGUGUGUUGAGCACAAGUAAUUCCCUCGCGACAGUAUCAAACAGUGGUGAUCAAACAGCUCAAAAUGUAGAUCGAGAAAUAGAACUAAACAUUUUGAGGCAUUCCAGUAAACAAUUGAAGUCUGAUAAUGAGGAACUUCGACGUCGUCUUGAUACUCUGGAAAAAUUAUCUGAAGAAAAUGCAAAACUAAUGCGCGUAAAGGAAGAAUCCGAUACUAUAAAGUCGUACUUGAACGCAGCGCAAGAAGAUAUACAAAUCCUUUUACGAGAAAAGAAAGCCUUGCAAGAAACAAUAAUGGAGCUUCAAAAUCAAGUAAUUGGAAGUGGUGGUACUCGUGGAUCCUGGUCGACUAAGAGAUAGCAUACCAGUUGUUUUGAUUGCUCCAAAUGUUGUAGUUCGAAUAAGUCAUAGUAAUCAUUUUAAUAAUUUGAUAGUAAUUUUCAUAUCAUUGCAAUUAGUCCUGGCAUUAAUCUAUAUUUAAUUGAACAGCGCAUCGUGUUAUGAUGCUCGUGUCUUUGUUAAUGUACGAAUUUAAUUACAGUGCUUUUGAAUCUCGUUCCAAAAAUAAAUCAUUCGAAAAUAAAAUUAUGCUUCUUUGCGAUCUUUAAUACAAUAUCAUACAGACCAUAGUAGAGUCCGAUUUUAUUGCUAAGUUAUUAAUGUAUUUUAAUUUUCGAGCAAGAAGUACAAGUAUAGUUUGAAAACAAAUGACAUUUUUUUGCAAAUUCGUAUUAUGUUUGUUAAUAUUAAAAAUUUCAUAGUGGAUCGCAAAGAAGUACCCACUACGCAAUAGGGGAUUGUAUAAUCGAAAACGUUGAGAAACACUGAUCUAAUAUAAACAUAGAUUGAAUUUAGUUUAUUUUAAAUAUAUGAAAACAAGACAUUGUUAAGAUAUCUAUCAUAAUUUGUUGAAAAGGACGAGUUUGAAUGCUUUUGCUUUAUUUUAUACAUAGAUAAUCACAUGAUUUCAUCACUUUAACUAUUUCCAGUGUUAGUGGCUCAAUUAAAAUUUGAUCUCCCUGGAAUAGUUUAUUAUAUUUAAGUCGUUUUUUUUAGUGUGUUCAAGACAACCUUCAACUUUUUAAAUGGUAUUGUAUAUUUUAUAAUAACUACAAAGACAAAUACAACAAGUACCGUCAAAUAUUUGUUUGCUAACUGAAUUGAAAAUACAGUGGAAAGUAAUAUUCAGGAUAUGUGACCUUCCGUGUGCAAAACACUUAUUGAAAAUGUAUUAUGAUAAGCUUGUAAGACUUCGUGGGUCAAAUUAACCAAAACAACAAAGAUGAUAAGUUCAUUAUUCUUGGAAAUAAUCAGAGUGAUCAACUCAUGUGGUAAGUAUAUUACCUUGUCUAGGAUAAUUGUGUUGCUAACUGCCGUCGAAGUUGUUUACAAUUUAAUAUUUGAAAAAGCAUUAUGUUCUACAUUAUGUUAUGUAUAAGAUCUGGAAUAUAACGUUUCUUACUAUGAUCAAGUACAAGGCGAUAAGUAAUGGCAAUAUUAAUCAGUGUUUAGUAUUUUCAUUGAUAAUCAGAAACUAAUGGUAUAAAUAUUACGAAUAAGUAUAUAAAUGCGUAUUUGCUGAAUGCAGUAAUAUAUACGUUCAAAAAUGAUGUGUGUAUAUAAGUUUGUUAAUAUUAGCGCUCGCGCGCGAACACGCAUACACACAUGCAUAGAUUUGUUGCAUAUUAGAUACAAAACGUACACCAUGUAAGUAUAUAUAGUAUCCUAGUCAAAGUACUGCAAUACAUAUUUCAUUUCAUAGCAACAGUUGUUAUCUAGUAUGUGAACAAAGAAUUGAAUAUAAAUUUUUUACCAAUGCUUUGGUUCUCUUCGUCGUAAAUGUUUCGACGAUUUUCAUAAGUAAAUUUUAACUGAAUGGAAGAAUAUAGUAUAUGACUUAAUAAAUGCGAGAUUUUAAUGGAUAUUGAAUGAUGUGUUGUUUGAACCUAUGGAUAGACUGUCUAGUUUGAGAAUGAAAAUAUGGAAUUGUUUAUAUUUAUAUAUAACACUGCAAUGACUAAUUUAAUUAAUUGAUAAAUUAAAACCGCUACAAAACGACUAUUAUAUGGUAUACAGCGAUCAUGUGGAAUGUUUUGAUAAGACUGUAAAAUUGAUAUAGUGUUAUUCCCUGUAUUGUUGCUAAAGUGUGUAAGAGCAAACAUUGAUCAACAUUUAUAAUCUUACCUAUAUAAUCUUCGAAAAUGGUCUCGAUUAGGACUAUAUUGGACAAAAAUCAUAACCUACUGAUCUAUAAUGCAUUAAUAAUUUUGUCGUAAUCUAUCAUUGUGAUAUAUUGACAUUUUAUCAUUGUUUGCCAAUACAAAUUAAGUUUGUAUGAAUGGGUUGCUGGCCAAUCCUUUUGUCAUAAAACAAUAAGGUAUUUUUGUAGUACAUACUGAUAAAGGUCAUUAAGUAGUGCAUUUUUUUUAGGUUUUGGAACUGUUUAUAAAACAGUCUUUUCUACUAUAACAUACAUAUUCAUUCGUACUUAUGAAACAAAUUAUUACUUAUUGAAAUAUAACAUAUCACAUUUUCACUGAAAAAUAAUGGAAACUUUCCAUCUAUUAUUAUGAAAACAACUUUUUUACAGCUUUGCUUUACUUUUUUUUAUUGUGUUGUAUGCAUAUAUUUAAAGCAUAUAGUAGAAGUGUGUAUUAUAGUAGAAUUGACUGUAUUUUUGAAAUGACAUGUAUAUAAAGUACAUGUUUGAAUAUACAAGCAAAGAUUAAACACUGAAAUUUUAGAAAUAUCCACCAUCAAAUUUAGACAUUAAAUUUUUAUAAUGUAUUUAUCAUGCAUAUAUUAUAUGAAGAUUUUGCUUACAAUACACUUUGGUUAUCCUUUUACUUACAGUUACGUGGUUUUCAUAUUUAAAUAAGUGUAAUUUCUUAUUGCACAUAUAUUAUUGUUGCAUCUACUAAUAAUAUGCUAACCAGAUAGUUUUAUUAAUAUUAUUAAUCUCAAAUGCUUCCCAUUUGUAAAUGCUGUUUUUUUAAUUAUUGAUUAUUGCCAAUACUAUAUCUUUACAUAUUUCAUCUAAAAUAUGUAUCACUUAUAAAUAUUAAGAAGUUUUGUGACUGAUUAUGGAUUAAAUUCGUAACAAAAUAAAAUUUCAAAACUUAUAAGUUUAAAGAUCUCUAAAAUAUUCAUAUAUAAGUUUAAGAUAUUAUCACUAUUAUUUUAUAUUCAAUUGCGUUGUGAAGUUCUUUUGAAAUGAAGCAAUGCUUUAUUUUUUCUUUUUUUCUAAUUUUAACAUGUUAGUAAUUAUCAUACAACCAUUACUUUUAUUUUAAUUAAUAAUGAACAAGUUUUGUCAUUAUAUUGUAGUUACUAACAUAUUUUACAGCACCAUUUAUCAGAAUUACAUAUCUACAAUGUAGUUUUAUUUGCCAAAUUGUAUUGUAACUCGUGAAAAAUAUGACUUCAAAUUCUAUGUGUACGUAUAUACGAUUACGUGUAUAUAAUUUACAAUUUAUGAAAUAGGUAUGUUUAUUUUGUGCAUCGAUAAAUUGUAAAAAUAUUCAAAGGAUAUCACAUUUAACAUUUAUAUAUUAAGAUCCCUAAUAACGUGCUAUAACAUAUAUGUGCAUAAUCUUUUUUCUAAAAAAGAUAUCAGAUGUUGGUAUCUACUACAUUUUGCGACUACAUUCUUUCUUUAAAUAUAGAAUUAAAUUGCAAAUCGUUAUUAGUUGAGGUGUAUUUAUGGGAGAAAUUAUUCUUGCUAUUCUUCCUUGCUAAAUAUUUUAUAUUCAUUUAUUUCGAAUAUAUGUUGUGACAAAUGUAUUGUGAUUUAUGAAAUUUAAGAAAAACGAAUAAACUAGUAAAAUUGUA